AUGGCUUCUCUACCAAUUUCUGGAGGGUCUUGGGACGAAGAAGAAGAUAUGUUACUAGCAAUGCAGCUAGCUGGACUAAGCAUUAUCCCUUACGCGGUAAACACUGCUAGAGAAUUAGCUUUGUUCGAGAUUAUGGCUAAAGCCACACCCUCAUGGACCCAUCUAUCACCGUUGGAUUUGGCAUCAAAGGCUGCACCGAAAAAUCCAGAUGCUCCAAUGAUGAUAGAUCGAUUGCUACGCCUCCUUGUCGCAUAUUCGGUGUGCACUUGUAGGUUGGUGAAAGACGAAGAAGGAAGAGAGUCUAGAACAUACGGAUUAGGGAAAGUUGGAAAGAAGCUCAUCAAGAAUGAAGAUGGAAUUUCAAUUGCACCUUACGUGCUUUUCCAAUGUUCACAAACCAAGGGAGUUGUAUGGUAUGAGAUUGUAUAA